GACAGAGGAAGAUACGCGGGCGGCAGUCUGUGUCCGGGCGGCAGUGGCGGGCGGGCGUGUCGAGCUGUGCGUCUCAAGAAUCCAGCUGCUUCUGUCCUUCGGCCGUGCGUGGACAAUCAGGCUAAAUCAGAGCCUCCCCACGCCCUCCGCCAUCCAGGGAGACACACCAGUGGCUGCGUCGGAGACCAGCAACGCCAUGGCUCCUCCGGCGUGAGUGUGAGAGUGAGUGUGAGGUGACUGAGGGGCGCGGCGUUAUGAACACUAGUGAGGCUGUGUUGUGAAGGCGCCGCUACACCAUGCUGGGCGGAGGCGGCCGGGAGCGAUCUACCUCCCUCUCCUCUUCCUCCUCCAACUCCACCUUCUAUGUCAACCUGGUGGAGGAGGUGCCCCAGGACGUGUUUCCGCUGAGGAUGGAGUUUUUUGGCCAUUGUGUCUUGGAGGAGGAAGAGGAAGAGGAGGAAGAGGAGCGGGGCAGCGUCCGCCAAGGGGAACUGACUGACUGUGGGGACACCCUGAGUGAGUUGAGUUGUUCCCUCUCACAACACCUGGAUGGUUACGGCUCAGGUACGUUAGCGAGUCCUCGCCAGGCUGUGAGGGUCAGGGCAGACACGUCGUAUGAGAAGGCCUGUGGGUCGGACAGGCGUGGGUCUGCCCCUGCCACGCCCAUCCUCGGGGGGCGGCACGCGGACUCCACCCCUAGCAGACUUGUGAGUUUCUUCAGCAAGCGGUCAUUUAAAAGUAACCCACUGAAGAGAACAAAGUCUGUCACAAAGUUGGAGCGAACCAAAAGAGGGAGUCGUGGAGGCAUGAGUGGCUUGUUGGAGGCUGACCCGCUCUCUCUGGGCUCCUCGGCGGCAAGACUCCGGUCGUCACGCUCCCAUGAAUCCCUUCUGUCUAGUCACAACAUGAUGAACACCCUCGACCUGGCAGCCGGCGAGGUGACCAUCAAACCCCUGCACACCAGUGUUCUGGGGCAGGAGCACUGUUUCCAGGUAACCUCUCCAACUGGCACCCGGUACUUCAGCUGCCGGACAGCAGAUGAGAGGGACCGCUGGGUGGAUUCCCUACGCAAGGCUGUCAAUCCAAACUUUGACAAUGUGCGGAGGACAGAUAACUCACUCAAAAUAUUCAUAUUGGAGGCAAAGGGUGUCGCUAAUAAAAAACGAUAUUUUUGUGAGCUCAUGCUGGAUGGCUCCCUGUAUGCCCGCACUUCCAGUAAACAGAAGAGUGAAAUGUGUUUUUGGGGAGAACAGUUUGAGUUCAGCAGCUUGCCUUCUGUAGAGAACAUCACUAUAUCUCUAUACAGAGAAGGAGACAAAAAGAGGAAAAAGGAGAAGAAUGUGUUGGUCGGGUCUGUGAACAUACCUGUAUCCAAUGUGUCAAGUCGGAGUCACAUUGAGAAGUGGUAUCAAGUACAAAAUGACAACAGAGCCCCUAGUAAAGACAAUGCAGCCCUCAGAAUCAAAUGCAAAUUCCAAUCCAUUGACAUCUUGCCAAUGGAGCUGUAUACAAAUUUCCUGCAGUAUAUAAAGACAAACUACGGCACUCUUUGUGAACUGCUGGAGCCAGUCAUUAGUGUUAAAGCCAAAGAGGACAUUGCCACCUCCAUGAUCCACAUAAUGCAGAGGGAAGGAAUGGCACGAAACUACUUGGCAGACCUGGUCAUGCUGGAGAUUGAGAGAAUUGAUGAUUCUCAUCUCCUGUUCCGUGGCAACUCUUUAGCAACCAAGUCCAUGGAAGCAUUCAUGAAGCUUGUGGGGAAUAAGUACCUGCUGGACACCCUGAGGCAGGUCAUCAACAAGGUGGUGGAGACAGGACUGGACUGUGAGGUUGAUCCCAUGAAAGUGCCCCAAAUUUCAUCCCUUCAGAAGCAACAGGAAAACCUCUUGUCCACUGUACGAAUGACUUGGUCACGAGUCCUCAACUCCCAUCCCUACUUUCCUGUGGAACUUAGAGAAUGUUUCUGCACAUACAGGGAACGCCUUACCAAGAUUGGAAAGCAGAACCUUAGUGAUAAUUUGAUAUCUGCAUCCAUUUUCCUAAGGUUCUUGUGCCCUGCUAUUCUCUCUCCCUCACUGUUCAACAUUACUCAAGAGUACCCAGAUGAAAGAGCAUCAAGGAACCUCACUUUGAUUGCAAAAACUCUUCAGACACUUGCAAACUUUACAAAGUUCCAAGGAAAGGAGAACUUUAUGGAAUUCAUGAAUGAAUUUAUAGAAAUGGAACAGGCCCAGAUGAAAUCCUUCCUGAAGCAGAUCUCAAGCCCUGCAACCCAUGAUCAUAGGGUGCCAGAAUAUGACAGAGACAUUGACAUGGGCAAGGAAAUUUCACUGCUGCACACAUUCCUGACAGAAGCCCUCAAGAAGCUCUCCACAUGCACCACCAAGACCAGCAUUGGAGUGGCACAACAACAUGAAGUUGAAAAGCUUCGUCUCAUUCUGGAGGAGAUACGUGUGGCACAGACUCAGCCAAAUAUCAACAUUGUACAGAGACUUUCUUCCCACAAUGCACCCACCUCUCCCAUUGGAGACCCAUCCCUUACUCAGGAGACUGCUAGAGUAGAAGACAGAGUUGGGUACCAGAGCCUUCAGAGGAAUAUCUUCCGAUACAAUGAUCCAACGGUUAGUGAUGACCACAAGCUUCUGCCACCCCCUCCAAUCAGUUUCAUCCAGUCCCCUCCAGAGCCUCCCUCUACCCCUCGUCCCUCCACCCUGCCAAGAAAUACUUACUUGAUGGGUUCUGCUCGUAAGCCAGCUGUAGACUUGAAUACUGCUGAUGACUAUGUACUGUUCUCUGCGCUGGAUCCUGAGGGCAAGGCAAGAGACCCCAGUGCAAUAGGGCACAGUUACAGUUACAGUCACCUUGCCCCCACACCAUCCCAAAAUACUUCCUCUCCUGUCCACAACCACAACCACCAACACCAUCAUCACUUCCAUAAUCAUAGUACUGCUUGGUACAACAACAGACAAGUAUUCCCUAGUCAUCAGCAAGUGAAUGGCCAUGGGCAGGUUCACCAAAAUGGACAUGUGGUGUCAAAUGGUAAUCCUGAGGAGUCAUUAGAUAUUAGCCAUGAAGAAAAUGAUCAGAAUUCCACCGGUGAAACUGAAGGAAACAUGAAAGGCUCACAAACAUCAAUUUCUCAGUUAUCUAAUGUAGCAUCCUCAGGUUACCAAAGCUUUGCAUAUAGCCAGUCCUCUAGCCCUGUUGACCCAUCCAUUACUCAUCAUGAUGCUGCCAAUAACAAUGCAGCAGCAAAUAAUAAUAGCAACAGCAGUAAUAAUAGUAGUGGCAUGCACAUAUCACCUCACAUGACUCCACCACAGUUGUCAGCUCCUCUGGCCUUCAACAACCCCAUGUACCACCUCAAUGCAGCCACCAGCUCUCCUCGACCAGUCCCUCACCGUGGUCCUCGCAUGGCUCACCACCACCAUCACCACCACCACCACCACCUGCAACAGAGUUCUCAGCAACAGCAGAGUCCAGUGAGCUCCUCCCUCAGCUCUGCACACAGUGUUGAGGACUUGCCUUCUGUCCCAACCAUCACCUCAAGCUUAGCCUCCUCUCGUGGACCUCAGCACCACUCCUCAUCCAGUGAGGACAAUACAUCACUGGCUUGUACUCCUCCUUUAGAACAUCGCGGUUUCAAGUCAGGAGCUCCCAGAACUAACCCCCGAUGCUUGCCUCCUGGCUGGGGCCAAUCAACUCUUGCACCUGUGACACCUGAUCACCACCACUCAACCUCUGACCUCUUAGGAGGCGCCCAAUGCAGAAGAACAAAGACAGCACGUCGCCAGUCCACAGGGGUCAGCACCAGCCGGCGGCAGCCCUACAAGUAUGACAGUGACUCUUCUAGUGACGAGCAGCAAUCCCCACCAGCUCGGGUCAGACCCCAGCGUGGCAAUCACAGAGUGUCCGAGAUGAAAACUUUGGAUGAGUAUGAACAAGAGAUUUUGGCUCUAAGGACAGCAAUGGAGGAAAUGCACCACAAACUAGUAACAGCAGAAGAGCAGGCACAGACACGUGCUGUUAACUCUGAGGGCUCAGAAGCUGUGCCGCCCACCUCUCCCUGCGACCCCCGGCAGCGAUCCAGCAGCACUGCCUCCCCCCUCACCCACCACCAGCACAGCAGACACAGCCGCCAGAGCCCUCAGUGUCCCCUGGCUCAGCAGACCGGUGACCAGGCUCAGAUGAGAGAGAUGAUACAAAAGUUACAGGAGCAAUUCAGGAAAGAGCAAAAGAAGAUGACAGAGCUCAUGUCAGAAAAGGAUGCACUUAUUCAGGCACAGGAGGACAGAAUCAAUGCACUUGACCGCACCAACACGCAGCUUCUUAUGGCCCUUGAGCACAUCAGGGAGCUGUAAGUCACCACCAAACGACGCAAGACUCCACUAACGCACCAAAGCUGAGGGAGUCAGUUGAGUCACCCGCCGCGGCUCAGGAAGUCAGUCAGUUGUCCGACACCAGUGACUACAAGAGCAGUUCCUGCUGAACGCUUAAUGGUCAGGAGAAUGAACCCUGUAAUAUUAUAAGUAUAUACACACAAUUUUCAUAUCAAAGGCUAUUGUAAGGGUAUAUACCUACCGGCACUGGCCAAGGUAAUGUUUGGAGUCAUAGUCCUUAAUAUUGGUAUACACAGAGAUAAUUUUUUAUAUUAGUCUACUUCUGAUAUUCAUUAUUGGUGGAAACUGUUAGCACACACCUCCUAAUAGUGAAUGUUCCCUGUAUUUCCCUCACUGCAAAUGCUGCCCCAGCGCAUAUGUUGUGUGGACGUUUCCAGUUUGUUUAAUAAUCAACCCCGUGGAUUAUCUAGUUUCUUAGCUCUUAUAGGAGAUUCUGGAUAGGUAAGCCGAUCAAAUGUUAAGUAUCUCAAAGUAACCUUUUAAUUGCAAUGUAUUCUUCAUCACUUAAUUUCUCGAAUUACCAUAUUUUCAUUGUAAUGAAAACCUUAUAAGUGUACUCCAUGCCAACAAGUGUUAUAAUCAGGUUUGCAGUAUUAAGCUAUUACUAAUGGACAAAUUGUGAAAGUGUUAAAUACAGUGUAAAUUAGGCAAUAUCAGUAGUCUUGCAGGGCUGAACAGCUAGCUAGCUUCAGCUUCCCCUGGCCUUCUACUGGAAUAUUUUUGACAUAAAUAUAUUUUUCUGUCAAUCUAAACUAAGCAAAUUCUGGCUAACCAGGAAGGACUUGGUCUGGUACUGAGCUUAACUAAGAGCAACUCAGUCCAGGCACACCAUCGUCAUUUUUUAUGAUGGGUAUCUAUGGCCAAGUCCUAUAGCCAAUGCUGCCUUAUUGCUAGUAUUAUAACUUGGUGUAUGUCUCAGAAAUUGAUUUAAGAGCAUCAUAAGGUUGAAGAUACAAAGAAUAUUCAACUCUUACAAAGGGAACUAAAAAGUAAAUAAGACCUUUCAAAUGCAAAUGUUCUUGGCUUCUUGUGCUCAUUUUUUAUUCACCAAGAAUAAGUUAGUGUCCCCACUGCCUGGGACCUGCUGCACAAAACACUAAGUGAGGCUGAUGCUCCCAGAUGAUACACUGAAUUGAGCACUUCAUGCCUUCUGCGUCUGUUACGUCUGUACCUUGAUGUUGCCGUUGUCGCCUCUGUUCUCGGAGGUAUUUCUAACCAAAGAUUCACAUUUAUAUACUUGGAUAUAUAGAUAUAUAAUUUAUAUUGAUUGCAGUUCAAGUAUGUCACACUGAGGGCUUUAAACAUAUACAAAUGCUAAAAGUACAUAAUAUAAAGUCUGAAUGGCAGGCCAUUUUCAUCACUGUGAGCAGUGUAAGGCUCUUAUGCUGACACUGCCUCCCAUGAGAAUGUGUUAGCCCAUUCCAGAAUAAUUAUUGGCUUUUAUUAGUGUAUAUGGUGAAUGUACUCUAUUUGAGUGUAUUUAUUUCAUUUUAGUAUUCAAGUCACAGAAGACCUUCUGUAAAUGUAUAUAGUGUAAAUUUUAUAAAUUAUGUACACUGUUUGGUACCUGUUUCAUGAUCCUCCGGCACAAGCUGUUGUCUCGUUCCAACAUAGGCUAUCAGUGUAAAUAAUACUGGUGUGAAAAAUAAAAAUCUAUGUGCUAA